GUGCCUCGGGGGGGAGAAGCCCGAGUAGGGGCCGGGGCGCAGAGCCCCCCAGCCUGGGCGCAGCCCCCUCGGUCCCUGCUGCCCGGGCCGGGCACGGGCGGCUCGGCGGGUGGAUGCGGCUGCCAUGGGGCGCGGGGCUCCCCUCGGACCGUGCCUGCUGCGGGCAGCGCUGCUGCUCGCCCUCUGCCCCGCCGCGGGCAGCACCUGGAUGUGGCUGGGCAUCGCUGCCGCCGGCGGGCCCGAGAAGCCGGGCUGCGCCAGCCCGCCGCUGAGCCGGCCGCAGCAGGAGCUGUGCGAGCAGAAGCCGGAGCUGAUGCCCGCGGUCCGGGAGGGAGCGCGCCUGGGGCUGCAGGAGUGCCGCAGCCAGUUCCGACACGAGCGCUGGGACUGCCGCUCGCCGCCCGCCGCCCGCCGCGGCACCGCCGGCCCCGCCGCCUUCGGGCAGCUGCUCAGCAGCGGCACCAAGGAGGUGGCGUUCGUGUCGGCGGUGACGGCGGCGGGCGUGGCGCACGCGGUGACCCGCUGGUGCAGCGCGGGGAACGCCACCGAGUGCUCCUGCGACGGCUCCCUGCGGCACGGCGGCCCCGCCAGCCAGGCCUGGCACUGGGGCGGCUGCUCCGACGACGUCCGCUACGGAAUGGCCUUCAGCAGGAUGUUCCUGGACCCGCCGCUCCGCAACGCGACGGGCCGGAGCGGGAGCGGGCUGGUGGCCAUGAACCUGCACAACAACGAGGCUGGCAGGCAGGCUGUAGCAAAGCUGAUGUCGGUGGACUGCCGUUGUCAUGGUGUUUCUGGCUCCUGUGCUGUGAAAACCUGUUGGAAAACCAUGUCAUCCUUUGAAAAGAUCGGCCGGUUUUUAAAGGAUAAGUACGAAAACAGCAUCCAAGUAUCAGACAGACUGAAAAAAAAGCUACGCAGGAAAGAGAAAAGCCAGAGGAAAAUACCAAUAGGGAAGGAGGACCUGCUGUACGUGAACAAAUCUCCCAAUUACUGUGUGGAGGACCAGAAGCUGGGGAUCCCCGGGACGCAGGGCAGGGAGUGUAACCGCACGUCGCAGGGCCCCGAGGGCUGUAACCUGCUGUGCUGCGGGCGCGGCUACAACACGCGGGUGGUGCGGCGGGCGGAGCGCUGCGAGUGCCGCUUCGUCUGGUGCUGCUUCGUGCGCUGCCGCCGCUGCGAGAGCGUCACCGACCUGCACACCUGCAAGUAGCCCGGGCACGGGACGUGGCCAGCGUCCAGCCUGAGGGGUGCGCACGGCUGCGGCGGGGGAGCAGCCGGCACCGAGCGGCGUUUCGGAGGGACCCGCCCCAAUGGGGACAGGCAGUGCGUGCUCCAAGCAAGCCUCGACUGAAAGGACGGCUGAGCACACAGCUGGCUGCAUGCAGGGACAGCUUACACAGCAAAAAGGACUCCUGAUGACACAUUCGAACGUGUUACGCCGUGAGCAGGGACAGAUGAUAACUUUUCAAGUGUUUAAUGGACACAAUGUCCUGAAGAUCCAUGUGGUGGGUUGGCACAGUGGAGAAAUCUCAAGAUCUCAUUAGCCAGAGAGUUUGUAAGACACGCUAGAUACAGUCCUUAUGUCUGUGCUUUUAAAACUGGAGCUACUUGGAUCCAGUAGAUAGUUCAUUUCUGCAGGCUUCAGAAAAACCCACAAAGACAGGGAAAGGGUUCAGCUGUUGACCACGAAGCAUUUGCUUUGCAGCCGUUCAGCAAAGUGCCUUCUGCAGAAUGGGCAGGACAGCUUCGGGAAGCGAGGAACGUGUGAGACUGCAGAGAGCUCAGCAGGGUCUGCCUGGAGCAGGAGGGUCAAGCUGUGCCCAGGGAGAGAGGCAGGAGCACAGCUUGGUGAGUGUGAAUGGGGUACCAAAUAGCAGCCUCAGGAUUUUUAAUAGAUUUUUAAUAAUUAAUGUCCUUCAAACAAGUCUGAGAAGGGACAGAAAUACAGUUUGAUAUUUGAAGGAAAUAAAACCCUCUGCAGGCAUUUCCUGAGUAUCUGAGCACACAUUUUGUGAGUCAGCUGGUCAAGAGUCACCCCACUCUUGAAUUCUAUGCAAUAACCUACCACAUUCAACCAUCUCACUGGUGGUUCACCAUCAUUAUCAAAAUUAAGCACAUGAGAUUUAGCCCAAAGGAAUCUACCAUAAAAUAUUUUUUAAAAAAAUAUUUUCUUUACAGAAUCAGCAGCUAGAAUUUUUAAUUAGGUUGCAUCCUCAGUAAGCUGACUGCACAAUGUUAUUUAUGGAUUGGCACACAACACUAAAAUAUUUAAACUGUUAAUGAUAACAUUUUCUCUGUCUCCAUAUGUUGGCUUAAUUUUAUUUUCAUCUGUAAAAUGUUGUUUAUUUUUAUGCAGUGAUUUAAUGCCUGGCUUUAAAAGCAUCAUGUGAAAGGAUUACUGUUGUUUAAUUGUGCAAAGUACUAUUUUUGAUAAAACAAAAAAGUUUAUAUUUUGUAAAUAUUUAAAUUAUGCAAGUUAUGUAAAAGGUUUCCAGAACUAAUGUGAUAAGACUACAGCCCUUAAGAUCUGUUGGGUAGAUAUUUGUUAAUAUUGUAGUAGCCUUUAAUUGAUUUUUAUUUGCAUGUGCUGGGGGAAAUUAGUCAGAGAACUGCCUAAGUGUUAGGGUUUUUUAUCAUCAGGGUGGUUAUAACUAUUGCAGUUCAUACACACUGAUGAGAAACACUUACUAUGAUUUUCUAAAUGGUUGGUUAAUUAGUAUUCUGCAUACUUUCUUUUUAUUAUUCUCUUAAAUGAAUUUUACCAACACUGAAAUCCCAGCUCCAGCAUUAAGUAUUCCCACCGAAAUCAAGGGAACUUGAAGGGUUUGCAACCCCUUAACUUCUUCCAUGCUAACAGACAGUUUUUACAAACUUGGCACAGUUUGGCUGAGGCUUUUGAAGCUACUUUAAAGAAUCCAUUUCCUAGCUGUCAGUAUUUUCCCAGGAAAGAUGGUGUCCAGAUUCUUAACUGUCACUCUUUAUUGGAUGUGUAGGAAGAAGGAAACAAAAUCUUCUCUGAUGUGGUAUUUCACUGCCUUAUGUGGAUUAUUUUAGGAAUAUCAAACAAAGUUUUCAUACCUGCAUACUUCAAAUUAUAAUAAACAGAUGAUGUUCAUUUUA